GAAAACAGGUCCAUAUGCAUGAAUGCCUUUGGCUUCAGCUAGGCAUUGGAAUCCCAAAGCCCGACAGACUUCUGAAAAGACUUCACAGGGACUGAUUAAAAGCCCUAGCUUUGAAAUAUUUGCAUCCCUGCACUUUGUUAGCAUAUUUACAUAUCUUUCAAGUUUCAAUCAUGGUUUUGCAACUUUCAACUAUACUUCGACUGCAUGCUAAAGGAAUUUAUUCACUCAAAUGUCACAAGCAAAGAUACAAAGCCCAUUAAACUUUAUUCUCAAAGAAGAAGAAGAAGAAGAAGAAGAGGGUACAUCCGUAUGUCGGCAUUUGCUUAAAAGUGUUGAUUAAGAUUCGCAUAGUGGCCGUUGGAUUUACUGCGUAAAAAGCUUUACUUUGAAGUGGGUCGGAGGAAAUCUGGAGAAGAAAGAAUCUGGGUAUGAGGGUUUCCCAUUCUCCAUUAUAUCAGGACUGCCAGUCUUCAAAAUGGGCUAGAGAUUUUCAGAACUAGAAACCCUAGUUGCAGUUUUUAAAUUUUUUUUUCUCAACUGCUAUGUAAAAUGAGCUCACUCAAACUCCCAGAGUCAGUUCCUUCUCCAGCACAAGACUCUGAGCGACUCAGAGAAGUUUUUCGAAGGCGGAAGAACAAGAAUGCAAGUGAAAUAAUAUGGAUACUGGGGCACAGAGACUCGAAGCACAGAAAGGAGAUCAAAUAUGAGUAUGAAAAGCUUUUUGGCCAAUCCCUCAUAAAGUCCCUCCAUUCUGAACUUUCUGCCUCUGCUGAGUUCAAGAGUGCAGUAGAGUUGUGGCUGUAUGAUGCUCCUGAGAGGGAUGCAAGGCUAGCAUGGAUGGCCCUAAGGACCAUGUCCAAGAAGAAGAGAAUUAAGAAUCACCUGCAGGCAAUAGUAGAGAUAGCGUGUGCAUCCUCUCCUCACCAUCUGAUGGCAGUAAGGCAGGCCUAUCGUAAUCUCUUUGAUUGCUCCCUAGAAGAAGACAUUGCAUAUAAUGUCUCCCAACCCCUUAGAAAGCUCCUUGUGGGCUUGGCAAGCUCGUACAGGUAUGACAAAGAAGUGCUGGAACUGAAUGUUGCAAAUUCUGAGGCAGCUAAACUACGGGAAGCCAUAGAAAGGAAGCAAUUGGGCAAUGAUGAAGUAGUGUGGAUACUUAGCACCAGAAAUUUCUUUCAGCUCAAAGAAACUUUUAAGUCCUACAAACAAACUUAUGACAUCCCUAUUGAUGAGGACAUCAGAAGCAGCGCCAAAGAUGAGUUGGGAUUUAUAUUGCGGGUGGUAGUUUUGUGCAUAGAUUCCCCAGAGAAACACUUCAUUGAGGUUAUCAGUUCUUCCAUGGUUGGAUCCAAGGCAGAUAUUCCAGAUUCAGUAACCAGAGUUAUUGUAAGCCGAGCAGAGAAAGACCUGGUGAACAUCAAGACAGAGUAUUUGAACACAAACAAAACAACCCUCAGCAGUGCUCUCACUGGUGACACUUAUUACAAGGAUUUCUUGAUGGCCUUACUUGGUGAACAGCUUUAAGCUUUAUGUAGCAUACAUGCGUGCACCUACUUACAUGUCAAAAAAGUCUUAGGGUUUGGGAAACAAUUUUCAUUUCUCAUUUUCAACUUUUUCAAAAAUGGCACCUUCUUUUUUAGUUUUCCAAUUUUCAACAUUUGUACGAGAAAAUUUGGGAAACAUCUUUGUAUUGUUUUCCAAGUUUCCUAUAUAAAUGUUGAAAAAUUGAAAAAUAACUUAACAUUUUUGUAAUAUUUUGAAAAUCGAAAAUGACAAAUGAAACUAUGUUCCCCACAGCAGGCCUCUAACCUCAUCGUUCUGUAGUUUACCAGCAUAGGUCUAUCUCCAUUGUAGACCUGAAAACUAUUGUAAUCUGAAUUAGAGGGAACGUAUAGAGAAAUUAUCCUAUAUAAGAAAUUUAUAAUUCUCCUUGUUUUAUUGUGUGUACACGAGUGCAUGUGCAGCAACUUUUUGAGCACAUGUAACACUAAAUUGAUGGUAUUUGUUUUGUGUUAUGAAGGUAAAUUGUAGAAUCAUUCUUUAAA